GCACAGAACGACUGCGCGCUUGUCGGUUUAACGGAUCGCUGUCUUACGUUGUUCUCGUGCAGCUGACAGGACGAUUGUUUCCAUUAAAUCUGCAUCCCGCCAUUUUGGAAGCACCUAUAACGCCUUUACGGAAAUCUCCAGCUCUGUGGUCUUGACCUACACACUCCGGGCACUGAGACUCCACUGUCUGCUGACAUGGCAGGAGGAAAGGCUGGGAAGGACAGCGGCAAAACCAAGGCGAAGGCGGUGUCGCGGUCCCAGAGGGCUGGUCUGCAGUUCCCAGUAGGUCGCAUCCACAGGCAUUUGAAGACGCGCACUACAAGCCAUGGGCGUGUAGGUGCCACAGCAGCAGUAUACAGCGCGGCCAUCCUGGAGUACCUCACUGCUGAGGUGUUGGAGUUGGCUGGUAAUGCAUCAAAGGACUUGAAGGUGAAGCGUAUCACACCGAGGCAUUUACAGUUGGCCAUUCGUGGUGACGAGGAGCUGGAUUCACUCAUCAAAGCUACCAUUGCUGGUGGAGGUGUGAUUCCACACAUUCACAAGUCACUGAUUGGGAAGAAGGGCCAGCAGAAGACUGCAUAGAGAGCAGUUUGAUCAUGUUUGUAUAGUUAAAGGCAAUCAGCAUGGAGAGAGCAGUUGUUUUCUAUGUUUUACCCUUUGUCUGUUUAUUUUGUAACUGUAGUUUUAACAUUUAAUAGUGUACUUUUUAAAUGGGGUAAAAAAGAGGCAUGGAGUUCUCAAUGUCGUAUAUCAUGAUUAUCGGCAUGUUUUAAAUUUGUUUUAUACAUAAAACGUUGAACUUUUCUUAAAUAUUAUGAAUUGUUAUGGUUAUUUCAUUAGGAGAGCAGCAUUGACAUGAGCCAUCUCCAUAAUAAGAACUCAUUAUAAUCCUAAUUUCUAAAACAGACAUUCUACAUUAAUUUUGUUCCCUCGCAUUUGAAAUAUUGAGCCAUAUGUUCACUUUUGUGAUUAAUGUAUUUUAUGUAAAUGUACGGCAGUUUCUAUUUUGUUAUAUAAAUAAGUCAACUUUCGUGAAAUCUUCACAAAUCUCAAGAACUAAUAGAAAUUUAGAUGGCCCUGUUUACAAUAACUUCUCUUCCAGUAUUGGGUCCCUGUCAGAAUAAGCAAGGACACAAGUUGUCAAACAUGUUUGUUAUAAUAGCAUUAGGAUGUAAUAGGUGAUUGCAGGCAUUAUAGCACCCUAUAUCUCUCCUUUUGUGACCUGCUAUAGUUAAGAAACUUCAAAAGAGUAGUAGUGUUUUAAAAUAGCUCAGUUUAGCCUCACAGCUAUACAUCACUUCCUUUCACCGUCAUGUACUGAUAAACCAGAUAUGAACUAUAGUGUAACACCUUCAAAAAAUUUCAAGAAUGUUUACUUAAUCUCUGGAAAGAUACCAGAUGUAAAUACUCUAGUAUAUUUUUAGAAUAAAAAGUUGAGAAAACAAAUUGCACGUGACGGUUUUUCAUGGCAUAGUGAUAUGCUUUAGGCAGAUGCAAUAAUUACGUUUUUUAAUAAUGCAUGAUAGCAAAGUCAUCUGAGCUUUGAGAAUAGUUUUGUAUGUUUGUGUUAUGGCUUUCUCUACACCUGCCAUAGAUUGAUAACAGGCUGCAUUUAACUAAUUUAAUACCAGACACAGUUGUAAACAAAGCAGAGAUUCCGAACAGUUUAAGAAAUCAGGAAAUUGUAAUUUAAACCCAAGUUGCCCGUGCUUGAUUACUGUGCUUUGAUUAUAGUGUUUUCCCCAGAAAACAAAGCACAGAAUCAGUCUUUUGCACUGGCCAUCUCAUUCCCUCACAGCCUGUACUUUAAUUGCCCAUUAAGAUCUGUUGGCGGAAGUGCAAUUCAGACUUCAAUAUGUGUAAAUGAUCCUGGCUCGUGUGCACUUUCUACAGGCUAUAGCCAUUCUACAUUUAACAUUAAAAUGCUUUGUGCUGUUUUCAGGGGUAGUUGCACCAUGUUGGAAACAAUGGUGACUAUUUUGAUUUAGAAUAAUUGUAUUAUAAUAAAAGUAAUGUACCGUG